GUCCGCAGCCAUGGCGAUGCGGGCUCGCGGCCUCCUGCUGCUCCGCGGACGCCUGGGCCGCGGGCCCGCGCUGCUCCCGGGGACGGCGGGGCGCGCGCUCCGGGGCUUUCGGAGCAGCCGAGUGAGAUAUGAAGCCAUUAUCAUCUCUGGAACUGAAAUGGCCAAACAAAUCCAGAAAGAAAUACAACGAGGGGUGGAAUCGUGGGUCGCCCUUGGGAACAGACGACCUCACCUUAGUAUAAUUUUGGUGGGAGACAACCCAGCAAGCCACACCUAUGUGAGAAAUAAGUUAAGAGCUGCUACUGCUGUAGGUAUCUGUAGUGAACUCAUUCUAAAGCCUAAGGAUGUGUCUCAGGAAGAACUUUUGGAUAUAACUGAUCAGUUGAACAUGGACCCAAGAGUCAAUGGUAUAUUGGUUCAGUUACCACUUCCAGAUCAUGUGGAUGAACGAACAAUCUGCAAUGGAAUCGCCCCAGAGAAGGAUGUAGAUGGAUUUCAUAUCAUCAAUAUUGGAAGACUGUGCCUUGACCAGCACACACUCAUACCUGCCACUGCCAGUGCUGUGUGGGAAAUAAUACGAAGAACAGGAAUUGAAACGUUUGGCAAAAACGUAGUUGUGGCUGGAAGAUCCAAGAAUGUGGGCAUGCCCAUCGCCAUGCUUCUGCACACGGAUGGAGAGCACGAGAGGCCUGGAGGUGAUGCAACUGUGACAAUUGCCCACAGAUACACCCCCAGAGAACAACUGAAGGUCCAUACCCAGUUAGCAGAUAUUAUUGUAGUAGCAGCAGGCAUUCCAAAGUUGAUUACAGCUGACAUGGUUAAAGAAGAUGCUGCUGUGAUUGAUGUGGGCAUCAACUAUGUUCAAGAUCCUGUGACAGGGAAGACAAAAUUAGUGGGAGAUGUGGACUUUGAAGCUGUGAAGAAGAAAGCUGGCCUCAUCACUCCUGUCCCAGGAGGCGUGGGGCCCAUGACAGUGGCCAUGCUUUUGAAGAACACCUUUCUUGCGGCGAAAAACAGCUCUUAUCAGAUCCCAGGAAAGAACCACACGAACUGAAGUCAAACUGUGUAUUUAUUUCACAAAGGGCAAAAAAAAACUUUCUAUUUUACUACAAAGCUAUUUAUUUCUACAUUGUAUUUAUUUUUUCAUGGAUGAAAUCCUUGUGGAUCAGAUGAUUCUGAUCUUUAUGCAUUUCCUGCUAAUGAAUUUUGAGUUUUAGGAAAGACUGAAACAAUUCCUAUUAAAAAAUUGGUAAUAAUUGUUCAUUUUAUGGGUAUGUGUUCAUAAUGGUAAGAAAGGGUUUAUAAUAAAGAAAUCUAUUUUUGACAAUUAUGUACCAACAUAGGAUGUUUCAACAAAUGUUUUGUCACUCAAAUAGGUACUAAUGUCAAAUUCAAUUCUGGUUUUCCUAUAAACAUGCUGAAUUUUUAAUCUACUUCAUGUCUUAGGUCAUUUGCUGAAAAAGAUCUUAAGAAUUAAAAGAAAGAUAGAAUGUUGAAAAUAAAUUCAGAAUAUAAGAUAUCUCUCAAAUGCAGCCUACAAGGCCAUCCUAAUGAGAAACGAUAUUCUAUUAAUGGGGAAAAAUCAUGAAAGACAAGAAAUACAUUCCAUGACUUGAAAAAGUAGUGAUUAUAUCAAAUAAUGAUUGACUGUUAGUCAUGGUAAAAAAUAUUUGAAGAACAUGUUAGCUUUGCAUAUCAUUUUUUUUCCUUUCGAAAAACUAUUGGGCAGUAUUUUCAGUGAAUAAUAUUAUAAACAUCCAGAAAAAAAAUACACACACACACACACACACACACACACACACACACACACAUGUAAAACAAAACUCACAUUAUGGUUUUCUACAAGUGUCAAAUGUGAUAGAAUAUAACUGAGGCUAUCAGUAAAGGACAGUAGCUGAUAGGUCUGUUCACAAGUUCAGCUAUCUGACAAUGCUUUAAGUUUAUAGAAACUAAAUUUAGGAUGCAACUAAAUACUUUAUGCCAACUAUUCUUCCCUCUUCCAU